UUUAAGCAGAAGGCGAGCAACUGCGCUUCUCUCUUUGUGGUUUAACAACCAAGAAGCACGAAGUAGCUACAAAGACGAUGAAGCUCAAAGGCCAUGGAAGCCAAAAAACUUUGCAGAAAGCGAGGCCUUAUGUCCUCAUGAUUCUGCUACAGUUUGUCUAUGCCGGUAUGUACAUAAUAGCAGUGGCGACUCUAAAGGACGGGAUGGACCAAUUUGUGUUAAUCGCAUAUCGUAAUAUUGUUGCUGCUGCAGCUAUUGCUCCUUUCGCUCUCUGGUUUGAGAGGAAAGGGAGGCCUAAGAUCACGCCAAUCAUAUUCAUUAAGAUAGUGGCACUCACUGUGUUGGAGCCACUGCUUGAGCAAAACUUGUUCUGUUUAGGAGCUAAGCUGACCUCAGCAAGUUUUGCUUCUACGCUUGAGAACAUAAUUCCAGCGAUUACUUACCUUAUGGCACUACUUCUCAGAGCGGAGAAGUUCAACAUAAGGCGCAGAAGAGGCCAGGCAAAGGCAAUCGGAGCCCUUCUGAUCGUGGCUGGCGCAGUUCUGACGAUUCUAUACAAAGGACCCAUUUUCGAUUUAGUCUUCUACUCCAAAACUCGAGAGAAACAAAGCAGCUUUGCUAGUUCCAUCGGCCAUGGUGGAGAUAGCUUCGGAUGGAUGAAAGGCACAUUUAUGCUUAUAGGAAGCUGCACCUGCUGGGCAGGCUUUCUAAUCCUACAAGCGAACACAUUAGAAACAUACCCAGCAGAGAUUACUCUUACUGCUUGGGUGAGUGUUAUGGGUGCGGUGAUGAGUUCUGUGGUUGCGUUAGUGGUAAAUCGUGGAAGUAGCAGGCCAUGGAUUAUAGGGAUGGAUAAGCGGCUGCUUGCUCCGAUCUACUCUGGGGUGCUAUGCACUGGAGUUGCCUACUAUGUGCAAGGGGUAGUGCUGAGGGAGCGGGGUCCAGUUUUUGCGAGUGCUUUUAGCCCUCUGGUCAUGAUCAUUACUACUAUUAUGGGCUCCGUCAUUCUCGCAGAGAAAAUAUCUCUAGGAAUGACUAUUGGAGGUAUACUAAUGUCGGCGGGCCUCUACUCACUCAUAUGGGGGAAAAACAAAGAUUAUCUAAGCUCAUCUAAUAUUGAAAGAAGUGCAGGGGAAUCUGAGAUGCCAAUAGCUACAUCCAAUCCUGUGAAUAGAAAUUCCACCAUGAUUGGUGAAGAUCCCAAAGAUGAAAAAAUGUCUAAUGUUCUAUGAUUUUUUUAAGAAAAGUAGAGGAAGACCUAGAAGACUUGGGUUUAUUGUAUAAAAAAUGAUCUUAAUUUAUUAAGACUAAAUGAGAAUAUGAUACUAAAUGGGACGCUAUGGAGAAAAAAGGAUCCAUGUAGCCGACCCCACGUAGUGGGAUUAAGGCUUUGUUGUCGUUGUUGUUGUUGUUCUAUAAUUUUGGAGUCGUGUUAUAUGCCCUUAUCGAAUAAAUUUAUCAUCCAGA